CACAGCCCGGCGCCGGCCGGGGGCGCGCCGCCAUGACGGGCAGUAAUAUGUCUGAUGCUCUUGCAAAUGCAGUAUGUGAACGCUGCCAGACUCGAUUUGAUCCUGCAGAGAGGAUUGUGAACAGCAAUGGGGAGCUCUAUCACGAAAAUUGCUUUGUCUGUGCUCAGUGUUUUCGUCAGUUCCCAGAUGGACUUUUUUAUGAGUUUGAAGGUCGGAAGUACUGUGAGCAUGACUUUCAGAUGCUGUUUGCUCCUUGCUGCGGGGAAUGUGGUGAGUUCAUCAUUGGGCGUGUUAUCAAGGCAAUGAACAAUAACUGGCACCCAGAAUGUUUCCGCUGUGAGCUCUGCGAUGUAGCACUUGCUGACCUGGGUUUUGUGAAGAAUGCUGGCAGGCAUCUGUGCAGGCCAUGCCAUAACCGAGAAAAAGCUAAGGGACUGGGCAAGUACAUCUGUCAGAAGUGCCACUUGAUAAUUGAUGAACAGCCUCUGAUGUUUAAGAAUGAUUCCUACCAUCCAGAUCACUUCAACUGCACUCACUGUGGGAAGGAGCUGACUGCUGAGGCCCGGGAACUGAAGGGAGAACUGUAUUGCCUGCCCUGCCACGACAAGAUGGGAAUCCCCAUCUGUGGAGCCUGCCGCAGGCCCAUUGAGGGACGAGUGGUCAAUGCUCUGGGAAAGCAAUGGCAUGUUGAGCAUUUUGUUUGUGCCAAAUGUGAGAAGCCAUUCUUGGGGCACCGACACUAUGAGAAAAAAGGACUGGCUUAUUGUGAAACUCACUAUAACCAGCUCUUUGGAGAUGUCUGCUACAACUGCAGCCACGUGAUAGAGGGAGAUGUGGUGUCAGCUCUUAACAAGGCCUGGUGUGUGAAUUGCUUCUCCUGCUCCACCUGCAAUAUCAAGCUUACACUGAAGAAUAAGUUUGUGGAGUUUGACAUGAAGCCUGUAUGCAAGAAGUGCUAUGAGAAAUUCCCUCUGGAGCUGAAGAAACGCCUGAAGAAGUUGUCAGAGCUGGCAUCCAAGAAGGCACAUCCCAAAGCUCUGGAUUUAAACUCUGCUUAAACAGGGGUGAGCCAUCAGCAGUGCUGUUCCUGAGCCCACCUGUGUGUUGUAUAUUCACGGCGAGCUUCUGAGACCUCUGGAGAUGUCCCCAUAGUUUCUUGUGCUGAACUAAGCUGGGCAGCCUGAAAAUCCCUUUCCCUGAAUAGUUGGAGACUGUGCCUGCCCUUUUGUGAGGUGGACAGGAUGAAAGGCACUGCUGUCCCUUGCAUGAUUUAAAUCUUCCAAAAAGUGGUUAGUUUAGCAGGUCAAAUGAAGACUGCAGUUGGGCAUAGGCACCAACAUGUACCUCCCAGUGAAUUAGCUAGCACGAAGUUAAAGCUUCCUCACUUUGUGUGUGUGUGAGCAGCAACUGGAUUGGGGCAAUAAUCUACCUUAAAAUUGUCCACACUGCCAUCACACUCUGCUCAGGAUAGAUCUAAAGAUAAUAGCUAAAGCAUUGGUAGCUGUUAACAUGCUUUCUGUUGCUACUACCCAUGAAACUGCACCGUGAUAUCACGGCAGUGGUGGGCAAUCCUGGUUAACUGUGCAGAUAGCAAUCCCACAUGCAAGACCAUCUCUUAGAUACUUACUGGCUUUACUAAUUCAAUUUCCUUCAGCUGCUUUGCUUUUUGUUGCUGUAAGUUACCAUAAACUUUUAACUGGGGUAUACUGCAUCCACUAUAACACUGAUGAGGGGAUAGGAUAGGCCUAAUUUUAGCAGUAGAACUCUUCCAUCCUCUUCUGACCAAUAUGCACUGUAGAUUACAGUAAUAGUAGCUGCUUUUGUCACUGCUUUAGGAGAACAUGUGGCUAGUCGCUGUUCUCUCACCAGCCUUUAAAUGGUCUUUUAGUUAAGGGCACAAAGAGCAGCAUGUCUUUUGGUGCAGUAAUAUGUGGCCACUGCAAAGACCAGUCUUGUAAGCCUAUUCUUUGGCCUUUUUUUCACAGCAUGAAACACAAGAACUACUGAUCUAGGUGCAGUUUGGUUUGUUAUGCAGAUUCUUCUCAGCAUAAAACAUUCAGGGCUGUUCCUAUAAUCUUAGUCACAGGCCACAUCUAAUGCUAAAUCUGGGCAGCUGUGAUCUUCAGCCUCCUGGGAAGGUGGUGGAGGAACACACAGCCAUAUAGCUACUGGUAAAUAUGGAAAGACUGUGUAACUAGCAGGCAAUAGGCAAUAUUCUUUCAGUGGCCACUCUCAAGUUCAGCAAUGGAAAAAUGCAUGUAUGUAGAGGUGAAUGGAAUUACCUUUGUACUGCAAGUAGAGGUUUAGCGUGUGCUGUCACUUUGUCUCAUAUUAGAAAUUCAGUAGACCUAGUGAAAUUCAGUGUUCAAAGGACAAUUGAUAUCAUUCUCUUUAAUAAGCUGUUUAGUUCUCUAGGAUUUGGAUUAUGUCCUUAUCUUCAGAGCAUUUCCCAAAAUUAUUGGGGGAAAAAACUCAUCAUAAUCCCUGAUCUCUAUAUUAGCAGAGGGUGAUGUUCUCUUAGUAUCUCUUAAUUUAUUAAUUUUUCACAAUUAUUUUUCUCAUACUCCUGCUGCCCAUAGCCUACAAUGUGCAGAGUUACAGUGGUGAAUAUUACUGACAUACCUUUUGUGGGACAGUGGAAUUGAAGGAGUAGGAGAAAUAACCAUAAAUAGUUUAAAUAAAUGCAUCUCCCUCUACUUCUUUGAGUCCACUUUUUAAGAACUAAGUAGAAUAUGAUGCGGACUUACGAAUUCUCCUUAGUGUGUUGAUAGGCUGUCAGGUUGGGGUUUUG